AGAUAUUACAGCAUGAAUGUAACAUUUAGUUACUUCACACCCAAUUACGCUGAGAGACAGUUACAUGAUUCUUGUCCUCAGCAUUCCUGCAGUAUUCUCUACUGCCAUGGUCUUGAGAAAGCCCUGGAGGGUAACGAUUCUCUAAAUUUUCUCGUUGAUUAUUUGCAGUUUGGUGCUCUGUUCGAGAAUAGAGGACUGAGUGCUCUGGCGUAGGUUGAUUGUUAUGUUUUAAAAGGAUUGUCUUCGAGAUCUCCUAGUCUGCAGCCCUUCAACAUCUUUCAUUAAACGUUGUGUGCAUACCGAGUACAACAAUUACAAUUGAAACCUUAAGUGCUGGAGGAAUGACGUGGGGACAGGUUACGUCCACAAUCUAUGGACUCAUUCGGGACUCCAAAUACAUCCAAGCAAUCAAAGUACUUGAUGAGCAAAUUCGUAUCUUCCCUGAGAGUCAAGCAGCAACAUCUCUGCUAGGUUACUGUCAUUACAUGAACGGUGAUUAUCAUGCAGCAACUUCAAUGUACGACCAACUUGUUCGUUUGCACCCAACUGAAGAGAAGUAUCGUGUUUAUCUUGCACAAGCUAUGUACAAGGCAGACAUGUUGAACGAAGCAGCCAAGGUUUGUGUGAAGGUGGAAGGUCACAGAGACCAGACUAUCAACCUGCAAGCAUGCAUCCUGUUUUGCCAAGGGGAUAUCACUGGUUGCACUGUGCUGCUGGAACAGAUUGCUCAUGGCAGUGUAGAUGCACUGAUUAAUCUGGGGUGCUGCUUUUACAAGGAGGGUAAUUUUGAAGCUGCUCUUGCUAAGUUUACUGCUGCAUCUAAACUUGUUGGAUUCCAGCCAAAUUUGGCCUACAUGAGAACUUUGUGCAUGUUCAAACUUAAGCAAUUUUCUGAAGCAUUGCAUGCACUUACUGAAAUUUUUAAUCAUGGAUUGAAAGAAUAUCCAGAGCUUGGCAUAGUCAGUUCUGUGGAAGGUGUUGAGCCCAGAAGUGUUGGUAAUAGUCAUACUUUAAGAGAAUCUGCUCUAAUAGAAGCAUUCAAUCUCAAGGCAGCUAUUCUAUACAUGAAUGGAGAUAUCAAUGCUGCAAAGGAGGCCUUGGAUGACAUGCCUCCACGAGAUGAAGAGGAGCUUGAUCCUGUGACACUCCACAACCAAGCUCUUGCCAAUAUGGAUGCAAACCCCACCAUUGGAUUCAGAAAACUCAAUUUCCUUUUGCAGAACCAGUGUUUCCCUCCAGAAGCAUUUGGGAACCUGCUGUUGCUGUGUUGCAAACCAUUUCAUGGUUUGUAUGACCUGGCAGCUGAUGUGAUGGCAGAAAAUGCACACCUCACCUUCCAACACCUCACUCAAGAGUUAUAUGAUUUUUUGGAUGCAACAAUAUUGGUGCAAACAGAUGCAGAGGAAGCCUUUACCAAAUUCAACAAGCUUGCCUACCAGCAUGGGGAAGCUCUCUGCCAGCUCAGAAAACUCAUCCAAGAUUCACAAACUUCCAAAGCCAAGGACUCACACAUGCAAGCUGUCUCCCAAGACUAUGAAGAAGCCCUGAGUAAGUACAUGCCAGUGCUAAUGGCCAUGGCAAAGAUAUGGUGGGACAAGGAGGACUAUGUGUAUGUGGAACACAUCCUCUUACAAUCUUCUGACCUUUGCUCCAAUUAUCACUUGUGGAAGCUCAACCUUGCCCACACUCUCUUCAUGCAGGAAAACAAAUACAAAGAAGCAAUGAGUUACUAUGAACCCAUAGUAAAAGAAGCUGGAGUGCAAAUCCUUACAGUCACUGCUAUUGUCCUUGCAAAUCUUUGUGUUUGUUAUAUUAUGACCAACCAGAAUGAAGAUGCAGAAGAUCUGAUGCAAAAAAUUGAGAAAGAAGAAGAACGGGCUCAUUACAUUGAUUCAUCAAAACAGAACUUGCAUUUGUGCAUAGUGAACUUGGUGAUAGGGACAUUGUAUUGUGUGAAGCAAAACUUUGAGUAUGGGAUAGGGCGCAUCAUUAAGAGUUUGAAGCCUUGUGCUGAGAAGCUGGAUGCUGAUACAUGGUUCUAUGCCAAGCGUUGCUUCCUUGCCCUCACAGACAACCUUGCCAAGCACAUGAUUGUUUUGAAAGACACAACACAAGUAGACAUGAUGGACUUUUUGGAGCAGGCAGCAAUGGUGGGGAAGGGGAUCUCCACACAGGCUUCCAACAUGAUGUAUCACAGCUGCACCAGUCCUCCUACUGCUACUACUACUACUACCACAACAACUACUACCACUCUUCCUGGUGGUGGUGGUGUUGUAGCAGUUGGUCACACUGUCACUGCCCUAGACUGCUCUCCUUGUGUUGCACAAGAGGCCUGUCUCUUGCAGUGCAUGCUCCUCCAGCUCCAAUCUUAACACAAGCCUCCUGGCAACUUCAAACCUGCUCUUCUAUUCCAAAUCAACAGAAGAAAAUAUAAAAAGAGUAAAACAAACUUCCAUCAGUUACUCGUGAAACCUCACUUCAACACUUACUUCUUAACACUGCAGGAUUUUGGUCAUCAUCCUCACAUGCAAUGAAGUUUUGACAAACUUGUCUCUCUUGCAACUAUUGUGUAUGCUGAAUUAGACUUCCAAUGGCUACAGUUUUUGUUUUUUUUUGUUUUGUUUUGUUUUGUUUUGUUUUUUUUUUUUAAUUUCCUUUUUUCUUUUUUCUUUAUCAUUUUUCAGAUAAAUGAUUUAAAAUAUUCAGGUGACUGUGGAUUUAAGUGAUGUGGUAUAUUUCUUUUGUAUGAAAAAAUGAUAAAUGAAUAUGAUCCUAGUAAU